AGUUGCCUAACUCGAUAACUGUCUACAGGGUUUCUCUCUCUUAGCUAAUUUUGUUUUCGGCUGUACGUUCUGUUCAGCCCCUGUCAUUUUGUCUGCUUGGAGCUUCCAGCAGGACCUUGUUUUUUUUAAUCAUUUGUUUUCAGCUAUUUGUUUUCCUUCAUAUGAAGAUGUUGUACUGAGUAUUAUGAUUUGAUGAGGUGGAUAGAAUACAACAGACUCAACAUUUAAUAACAGAAUCACCACCAGUAAUGUGUCUUUUAAGAUGGCGCUGUUCUAGCGGCAGGCUGUUGUAGCAGCUAACUGUCUUCGUAAGAUCAGUGAGUGCAUGUUGUUUGUUGUAUAUUUGCUGCUAUGACAACUUAGUUUCCCUCUGGGAUUAAUAAGGUUUUUCUGAUUCUGAUGUUGGUGCUGAAUCUAUGAGGCACAAUAAUGCUACACAAUACAAUAGUCUGCAGUAGUACCCUACAAUAAUUUUAACUGGAUUAAAAAAUAAAAAUCUUUUUGCUGUCACAGGUGACUGGCAGGAGGUGAAGAGUCUGCUGGAGCAGCAUCUCAGCAGCUGUAGAUAGAAACAUUGGUUCUUCAUCAAAAGUGACAAAGAAAAAUCGCAAGGAAAAAAACAUAAAGAAAGAAACAUUAUUCUACAGACAUUAAUCUGUGAAAGGAUGGAAAGCAUGUCGAAAACUCGGUCCAUUGAUGAUUGCAACAUAACCCAACCAGUUCCUGCAAGUAAAGAUGAACCUGUUGUGAUCCCUGUGGAGAAGACUUCUACCACUAUGAAGCAGGCCAGAAGACGACAGCACAUUGACAGUGGGAACAGAAGCUUUACAUGCGAUCAGUGUGGAAAGGCUUUUACUCGUAAUAGCAGUUUAAAACAACAUCAGGUCAUCCACACUGGAUUAAAACCAUUCAGCUGUGAUCGGUGUGGAAAGGCUUUCACUCACAAUGCCAGCUUAAAAAUACAUCAGCUCGUCCACACUGGCAUUAAACCAUUCAGCUGUGAUCAGUGUGGAAGGGCUUUCACUCAGAGUAGCGGCUUAAAAAAACAUCAGCUCAUCCACACUGGAUUUAAACCAUUCAGCUGUGAUCAGUGUGGAAUGUCUUUUUCUGACAAUAGCAACUUAAAAAUACAUCAACUCGUUCACACUGGCAUUAAACCAUUCAGUUGCGAUCAGUGUGGACAGGCUUUCACUCAUAAUAGCAAGUUAAAAAAACAUCAGCUCAUCCACACUGGAUUAAAAGCAUUCAGCUGUGAUCAGUGUGGAAUGUCUUUUACUGUAAAUGGCAAUUUAAAACAACAUCAGCUCGCUCACACUGGAUUUAAACCAUUCAGCUGUGAUCAAUGUGGCAUGGCUUUCACUCAAAGUGGAAGCUUAAAAAGACAUCAGCUCAUCCACACUGGAUUGAAAGCAUUCAGCUGUGAUCAGUGUGGAAAGUCUUUUACUUACAUGAAGGUUUUGAAACGUCAUCAACUCAUCCACACUGGCAUUAAACGAUUUGUCUGUGAUCAUUGUGGAAAGGCUUUUACUUAUAAGUGUGCCUUAAAAAAACAUCAGCGCAUUCACACUGGUGCUAAACCAUUUGUCUGUGAUCAGUGUGGCAAGACUUUUGCUCACGUGGAUAGUUUAAAAACUCAUGGCCUCAUCCACACUGGUGCUAAACCAUUUAUCUGUGAGCAGUGUGGAAACGCUUUUGCUCGUAAGGAGAGUUUAAAAAGUCAUCGACUCAUCCAUGCUGGAAUUAAAUCAUUUGUCUGUGAUCAUUGUGGAAUGGCUUUUACUCUUAAUAGCAGCUUAAAACAACAUCAGCUCACCCACACUGGCAUUAAACCAUUCAGCUGUGAUCAGUGUGGAAAGUCUUUUUCUCAUAAUGUCAGCUUUAAAAGACAUCAGCUCAUCCACACUGGAUUUAAACCAUUUAGUUGUGAUCAAUGUGGAAUGGCUUUUACUCUUAAUGGCAGCUUAAAAAAACAUCAGCUCACCCACACUGGAUUUAAAGCAUUCAGCUGUGAUCUGUGUGGAAAGUCUUUUUCUCAGGAUGGCAGCUUAAAAAAACAUCAGCUCAUCCACACUGGAUUAAAACCAUUCAGCUGUGAUCAGUGUGGAAAGUGUUUUAAUCAGAAUGGCAACUUAAAAAAACAUCAGCUCAUCCACACUAGAGUCAAAGCAUUCAGCUGUGAUCAGUGUGGAAAGUGUUUUGCUCAGAAUGGCACCUUAAAAAGACAUCAGCUCACCCACUCUGGAGUUAAACCAUUCAACUGUGAUCAGUGUGGGAAUUCUUUUAGUAACAGGAGUUCCUUAAAAGAACAUCAGCUCGUCCACAAUGACACUAAACUAUUUGUCUGUGGUCAAUGUGGAAAGGCUUUUACUUACAUGAGGGGUUUAAAAACUCAUCAGCUCGUCCACACUGGUGUUAAACCAUUUGUCUGUGAUCUUUGUGGAAAGGCUUUUCCUGACAUUUGGGUUUUAAAAAAACAUAAACUCAUUCACACUGGUGCUAAACCAUUUGUCUGUGGUCAGUGUGGAAAGGCUUUCGGUCGCAUGGAUACUUUAAAACAUCAUGAACUAAUCCACACUGAAGUUAAAUAGUUUUUAUAUGGUCAGUGCUGAAAGGUUUUUACUUGUGUCAAUAUAUUUAAAAAGCAUCAGAUUAUUCAUACUGGAAUUAAAGCGUUUGUCAUCAGUGUAGAAAGUCUUACUCAGAUUAGCAUCUUAAAUUUGCAUAAGCUUAUCUAUGCUGGAGUUAAACACUGUCAUUUUGCAUAGUGUGGACAUUCUUUUGCUAGGUUUUAUCAUCUAAAAGAAAAAUCCCAAUCUUACCAACUAUUAAACCACUGAAAUAUGAGGAGUAUGGAAAGUCUUUUAUCCAUAACACAAACUUAUUGAGGAUCAGCAAACCCAUACUGUGUGUCCUUUUGGAGACAGUGAGAAGCACAGAGAAUCUGAACAAAUCUGCUAGGUCAAACUUUCAAAGCUUGAGAUCAGGCUUCACAGAAUUCAGCUUUAAUAAUUGUCAUCAGAGGCAAGAAAGAAUACAUGUGUGUAAAUGAGAGGGAGACAAGUGUAACAAUGGUCAAAGGACUCUUGGCAAAGGAUGAUGGAGAUGGAGCUACCAGGCAGAAUGAAAAGGUCUUGCGACUUUUACCUUUGCUAUAAAAAAAUGAUUUAGUAGGAUGUACAUAUUGAUUGUAACAGUACUUAAAUCUGUAAGUAUUCUAACAUGAAUUGCUUGCAGUGAAGGAUAGGAAGGUUAACAAUUAGAAAAAGUGCUGUAGCUUUAUUCUUGCUGUAGUAUGUAGUUUCUCCAUGUAGUGGAACAUGUCCUUUUUGUAACGAGGUGGAGUUGUAUGUGUUUGCUAACUGUCUGUCAGAGCUUUCCAAAUUUUUAAAUGUCCAUCUCUCCCAUUGAAUAAUGAAAAUGAAAAACAUGCCUAUCUGAGGCUGGCAGCCAGCAUGUAAAAAGACUUUCUUUGAAUUGUUCAUAUUACUUUCUUACAUGUUCUAAUUUUUAAUCAAACUGUUUAAUAAAGAGCAGCAGAGUCCUUUCAGAAACUCCUGAUUGUUGUUUCAUAAAUCUAAUGGCUCUUUACUAGAAACCUAAAUUAAAGUCAUUAUUAAGAAGCCACUGAUGCAGCAAGGCUUAGAAAUCUAUGUACACAUAAUAAACCAAGCUGUUCAGUAAAGAUUGAAUUGAGGAAAAGGUUGUCAUGUUAAUAUAAUGCAAAAAAUGUUGACUUUAUCUGUUCUGUGCAAACAUCUGCGAUCUUGCAGACCAAACAUUACCAUCAUGUGAUCACAAAGAGAAGCAAAACGUCUGCACAGAUUACGUUCUUGGUCAAUCUGAAAGGCCUGUUGAUGUUUACUUGGCUGUUCACCAUGAGAUAAUUAGUGAAGUAAAAGCUGUGCAGUUUCUGUUGUAACUUGCCCAUGUGAAAUGUGUUUUAAAUGGUCUCUGUUGUCCUAAAAAUGAUGAGAGUCUGUUUAGCUGCAUGAAGAGAAAAGGAAACCUGUAAUUUUUAUGUUGUAUUGCAAAUAUUAUUGUAUUUCAUCAAUUUGUGUCAUUUUAACUGGGAAGUAUGUGUAAAAUUAAGUGUAUCCUAUAAGUAUUUAGAUAUAUAAAAGAUAGGAUGUA